CACUCAGAUCUUCAGGAGAAGGCUUGCUCUGGGUCGGGUCACCAUUUCAGCCUGGCUUGAUCAGGAGGAUCUAAGGGGGAAACCCUGGAAGUCUCUCCUACAGGAGGCUAGGGGCUCUGCUUGAGCUGCUCCCUGGGGGCCAUGGCCUUGGCAGGGAUUCGGUGCCUGGUGACCGGGGCCGGGGGCUUCCUGGGCCGAAGGAUCAUUUGCCAGAUGCUGGAGGAGGACCAGGGACCAGAUGAGGUCCGAGCCUUGGACAAAGCCAUUGGCCCAGAGACCCGAAGGGCCUUUGCAAAAGUGAAGACUAAAACUCUGCUGACAGUCAUUGAAGGGGACAUUCGGGAUGUGGCAUCUCUUCAGACAGCUGUCCAAGGCAUCACUGUUGUCAUCCACACAGCUUGCAUCAUUGACACCUUAGGAAUUGUCGACAAACACACACUCUGGGAUGUCAAUGUCCGAGGUACACAGCUGCUACUUGAGAGUUGCCUCCGCAACAGUGUUCCAUAUUUUAUCUACACAAGUAGCAUUGAAGUGACAGGUCCAAACAGCAGAGGUGAUCCCGUCUAUGAUGGUGAUGAAGACACAGUCUAUCAGAGCACUCAAGGCUUUCCCUAUGCUGAAAACAAGAAGGAGGCAGAGAAGUCUGUGCUAGAGAUGGAUGGCCUACCACUGAAGGAUGGCAGUAGCUUUGUGACGUGUGCUUUGAGGUCCAUGUAUAUCUAUGGAGAAGGGAGCCUUUUUCUUCAGAGGCAUCUCGACCAGAGCAUCCAAAACAAUAAUAUCUUCCUGAGGAUCUCUCAGAAGGAGGCUCUUGUAAAUCCAGCUUAUGUGGGGAAUGUUGCUUGGGCUCAUGUCCAAGCAGCUAAAGCCAUGAAGGAUCCAGAGAAAGUCAAGCGAAUCCGAGGACAAUUCUAUUUCAUCUCAGAUGAUACCCCGCAUGUAAGCUACUCAGAUCUCAAUUAUGAGCUGACCAAGGAGUUGGGGUUCGGCAUUCAACCCAAGUUAGCAAUGCCCUUGAUGAUACUCUACUGGUAUGCUCUGUUACUGGAGGUAGUGAGCUUCUUGCUCCAUCCUUUUGUGAGAUAUGUUCCCAGCAUCAAUCGUCACCUUGUGACUUUGCUGAAUACCCCAUUCAGCUUUUCUUACAGGAAGGCACAGAGGGAUUUUGGCUAUGUGCCACGCUACAAAUGGGAAGAAGCCAAGCAGCAGACGAGCCAGUGGAUUGCUAAAAUAACUCCACUGAGGACAGCCUACCUGAAAAACAAGAACAGCUAAAGCAGACCUCCAUGCGGUAAAAGCAGGUUGUAGAAACCAAAGGAUAAGGAUGAGGAGUGUAAUAAGGAGGCAAUGAAGCAUCCAAAAUGGGAUAUCCUCAUUCUGAAUUGCCUGAAUAAAAAAUGUCUUUUGCUUUGCUUUGCUUUGCUUUGGAUGGGCCAUUCCAUUUAUAAUAAACUCUCAAAACUUUC